UGCCCGCCCAAGGGAAAUUUCACACGUAGGAUUUCCCCCGAGUAGUUAACACGUACGUACGUCGCGUUGCGGAUUGUCUUUGCUGGCAGUGGUUUUCCUGCUCCUGGAUGCGAUGACUGAAACAAGUCACAUUGUGACAGACAGCGUCGUAUAUACAUGUAGUACUCAGUGAUACUGAGAGCAAGGACAGAGACCUACUGUCCAGUCUUGUUAAGUUUGUUUCAAUUUCGAUUUUUUGAACACAGUUUCUACACACGUACAGUACACCAUGGGGGACGGUUCAUCUCGCGACGACAGGACUGUAUACGUUAAAAAUCUGGAUAUCCGAGUCACCGAAGAGAUCCUUUUUGAAUUGUUUUUGCAGGCUGGACCUUUGAUUGGUGUGAAGAGGCCCAAAGAACCGGACGGUACUGUGAAGUCGUUUGCUUUUGUUGAAUUUGAGCAUGACGUGUCGCCCCCCUAUGCCCGCAGUCUCAUGGAUGGAAUCAGGCUGUUUGGCCGCAGCAUCGGUGUUCAGUUCCGCAACGGCAGUAAACACUCUGAGAAUUCCAGAGGAAACAGCCCAGCGGGUACCCCUCCGUACAUGAACAGCAGUGGCCACCAGAGCCCGGCCCUCAAUGGUCUUCCAAGCUUUCCUUUGCCUCCAAUGAUCCAACGGUCCGUGUCUGCCCCACAGGGUUUUCCGGGACUGGGGUCUGGACUCCCUGCCAUGGGAAUGCCUCCCCCACUCAUGGGGAACUUCCCAGUGCAUGGAUUCUUUCCGGCCGGCGUGGAACCCAGACCUGUCCAUAUGCCACUGAUGCAGCUGCAGCAGCAGCAGUUGGACGGACCAUCGGACAGACAGCCACCUCAGCACCAUUUCCAAGAUCGCCAAGACGGCGUGCGCCAUCAUCAAAAUCAUCGUCAUCAUCCCAGCAGUUCCCCUAAUCCUCACCACCGGUCGUCACAUCAGAGCCCUACGGAGGAGCAGAGGUCCCGGUCCCAUCGCCGCGAAGGCCAUCAUCACGGACACAGUAGUGGCAGCGACCAGGAUAACCGCUACCAUAGCAACAGAGGGCAGCACAGCGAGGAGCGGAGACAUGGAAGUGAGCAACGCCAUCGUUCUCAUCAGCACCAUCGUCAGGAACGAAGGGACCACCCUUACAGGAGAUAAUGGUUCACCCAGAGAAAUUUUUGACUUUGAAAUAUGUGACCUGUCACCGCAAAAUGAGCUGAAAGUCGGAAUUUUCAAAAAUUGAGAUAUUGGUAUUUUGAGUUCAGCCGAAAAAGAGCUCUCCAAUGGCAUGUACAUGGAACACUUAGGGUAGAAGUAUAAGGUGACAAUGUGGCAUUAUUCUGGCAGCUUU